AUGCUUGGUAGUACACAAAGUUCUACUUUGGAUGGUAUAAAUCAGUUAGAUGCAGAACCCGGAGGUUGUGUUGAUUUAAUUGUGUUAGGAAUUAACUAUCGUAGCACAGAAGACGUCGUUAGGAAUUAUUUUGCCCAAUUUGGUGAAUUAGUGUUUACUGAAAUAAAGCGUGAUAGUAAUGGGAAAUCACGUGGUUUCGGUUUUAUUCGUUUCAAAAAUUUGGAUUCCCAACUGAUGGUGUUGAAUAAACGGCAUCAUAUUGACGGAAGAGCAUGCGACGUAAAAAUACCCGACUCAAAAAAUCCGGCACACGAACCAGAAUGUGCUAGAAAAGUAUUUGUUGCACGAUUGCCAGAGAUGAUUAAUGCCGAUGAUUUAAAUAAUUAUUUUCAAAAUUACGGUGACGUUUGUGACGUUUAUAUCCCAAAACCUAACCGCAGCUUCGCUUUUGUCACAUUUACCGAUUCAGCUAUUGUUCCAAAAUUGUAUGGAGAACAUUUUAUUAAUGGGUGUAGUGUAAGUGUUGGACCAGCAGCACCAAAAUCGAAACAAAACGAAAACCAGUUCAAACGUCCGAAGCAAGAUUCUCUAAUACCAAACUCUCCUUUUAUUCCACCAAUGAACGUGUAUGGAGCACAUAAUUCAUAUCAAGACAAUAGAUCGCAAAACGAUUUAUUAACGAACAUGUUUAAUCCAGAUAUGGUGCAAGCAUUUUUAAAUCAAUUUUCUCACCAGUCAACGCAUCCAAAAUACGAUUGGCCGUUAGAUCAGACAUCUUAUAGUAGACAUUCAAAUAAUUAUGAGCAUAGUGAACAUUGGAAUCAACAAAAUUUUUAUGGUUAA